UCUGUGUGUCUUGGUGUACAGGUGUGGAGACAUUACUCGUUAACUCAGGAGAGGUGGGGGAAGGGGAGACUCUCCAAGAUUUCAGUAUAAGCGACAAAACGAGUCUACUCUCUUGUAAGGUUUCUGUUGAUGCAGUUGGUGGCCGUCGGUGGCUUGGUGAUGGCAGCUUCUGGUGCUCAAAACAACUCAGUGUUACAAGAGACAAAUGAAAGAAACGUUACUUUACAAGAGACAAAUGAAAGAAACGUUACUUUACAAGAGACAAAUGAAAGAAACGAUACUUUACAAGAGACAAAUGAAAGAAAUCUAACUGGUUCUCUCAAUUUUCACUUUCCAUCAUCCUCUUUUCCUGGUGAUCGACCGUUCUCCGGUUAUCUUGAAAAGCUCUACAAGAAUUCCUCGGCAUCAGUGAAACAAUAUUUAGAAUUACUGUCAUCCAACUUUUUAAAAUUAAAUUCUUUGAUAAACUCAAAUACCUUAGAGCCCUGUGAAAAAAACAUUACAUUUCAAGAGUCAGAUAAAAAAAAUCUUACUUUGCAAGAACCAGAUGUCAGGAACCUUACUUUACAGGAGCCAGAUGAAAGAAGUCUUAAUUUUCAAGAGCCACAUGAAAGAAACCCUACUUUACAAAAGGCAAAUGAAAAUUAUCUCCCACUUUCUAUGAUUUCAAGUUUAUCAUCACCCCAUCUUCCUGGUGACCAACAGUUCUCCGGUUAUAUUGACAAGCUCUACAAGAACUCCACGGAAUCAAUGAACCGACUUUUAGAAUCACUACCAUCCAACAUUUCAAAAUUCGAUUCUUUGUUAAACUCUAAUACCUUCGAGUCUUUAGGCUUUUCAGAACCUUAUAAUAUAAAUAUUUCAAAUAUUCUCGGUAUCAAAGUCCCUGGAGGUUCAGAACUGCUAAAUAUUACCCUGACUGACCUACCUGGUAAAGUCAAACACUCUCCCAUACUCUCUUAUCUAGAACAAUCAGUCAACAAUAAUUUAUCAUUAGUAAAUAUCAAGGUUUCAGGGUCACCAAAAUUAGUCGCUCGGGUCUUAACUUAUAUGGAAAAUCCAGGAUCACCCAACGGAACAAUAGUUGAAGAAAUAUUACUUAAUGAGCCUAACUUAAUAAAUUCUUCGUUACGUGGAACAGGGAAUUUCACCCCUUUACCUGUAAGCAAUAGUCCAGUACAUUUAGAUAACAAUACCACAGUAGUCCAGACGGUCACUCUUCUGUCACCGGAUAAUUCCAAGCCACCACUAACAAGUCGCUCACAACUGGAUAUUAGUUCUAGUCAAGUGAAUCUUAGCCCGUUAAUUAACUCUUCAUUUCAAAAUACAGAAUAACAUCAGUGAGGAGCUAUCAAGAAACUUCCAUAACAGUGAGCAAUAUUUAAAGGACUUCAAUAAUUUCCUAAAUAUGAGUAAACCUUUGAUACCAGAGAUUCAGGUGCCACCUCUACUGGCCAUGUAACCCCAAGGACUGGGUGUUCCUGGCGUUCACUCGGUGUUUCUGAUGUUCACUCGGUGUUCCUGGCGUUCACUCGGUGUUUCUGACGUUCACUCGGUGUUCCUGUCGUUCACUCGGUGUUUCUGACGUUCACUCGGUGUUUCUGACGUUCACUCGGUGUUCCUGUCGUUUACUCGGUGUUCAUAACGUUUAGCUCGGUGUUCCUGACGUUCACUCGGUGUUCCUUACGUUCACGCGGUGUUCCUUACGUUCACUCGGUGUUCCUUACGUUCACUCGGUGUUCCUUACGUUCACUCGGUGUUCCUUACGUUCACUCGGUGUUCCUGACCUUCACUCGGUGUUCCUGACGUUCACUCGGUGUUCCUGUCGUUCACUCGGUGUUCCUGUCGUUCACUCGGUGUUCCUGACGUUCACGCUGGAUGUAACACAAAUUUUCCACAUCAUAAAGAAUCAUUAGUCAGGUUUUGAGGUUUUUUAUACUGUGGCAACAACAACUUUUGACCAUCAUAUUUAUGUUUAAGAGAAGAAUGGUGUUCCAAGGUCACCUCCACACACUGACUAGCCAGCAGAACAGUUAAAGAUGUCAGAAUUGCAAAAGAUUGAUCAACCAAACUCUACAAAUUAUUAUAAACGAGAAAAAGACAAAUUUAAGAUUUCACACAACUUAGAAGAUAACUUUUUGUUAUGAUGUUUUACCCCGGCAUCGAAUGUCUCAUAUUUGACAGAUAUAUAUGUUAAUAAUACCUUGAUUAU